CCGACAACCAACAGAAAAAAAAAAAAAAGUAGACAGCAAAAAAGGAGUAACAAUGGAGAAUUAUCACCGACGUCCCAAAACAACACGAUCCAAAUUCGAAAAUGAUGAUGACUCAACCUCUACCUCUACGACAAAAGGCGAAGGGAUCAGUACUCAACAACAUAACCGACCCCAGCAACAUGGCGUCAUGGUCAUCUCACCCAACGGCAAGAUUCGAGUCUAUGUUAGUCGUGGACUCGAAAUCUUGAAUGAAGUUGAUCAUGACGAUCAAGAUAAUAAAGAUAUCAAAGACAAUAUAGAUCAAACAAAUCCAACAAGAACUUCAAUAGACGAAAAACGGAAAUCAAAGAGUACAUCAGCACAAAAUACUAAAGCAUCAUCAGGAUCAGGAUCAGGAUCAGGGUCGUCAACUUUAACCUCAUCUUCGACCUCAAUAUCAACGUCGACAUCAAACCCAGUUUCAAACCAAUCUUCCAAAAAACCUGUAACGACAACAGUAACGACACCGACGACCACUCGUGGCGUCCUUACCAUUAAAGCCCAAGGUCGUUCCAUCCCUAAAGCCGUCACUGUUGCAGAAAUUUUAAAACGUCGGAUGGAGGGAUCUCUUCAUCAAUUCACAGAAAUCGGUCAGAUCACAGAGCAAGAGAUCUGGGAUCCAAACCCUGAUCAACCUAAUCUGGAUCCACUUACAGUCUCCAGGCAUCGUCCUACUAUUCGUAUCCGUCUUUCAAAAGAAUUACCUCCUGCCACAAUGACGACGACAGCUACAUCUACAUCUACAUCUGCAUCUACAUUGACAUCUAUUACGACUACAACUUCUUCUGCAUCUGGAUCGGCUUUGAUAGGAAUAGAUCCGAGUAUUCCUGGUGCCACCAUCCCACGGGAUGAACAUGCAGAUGAAUCUGAUAAUGAUGAUAAUGAUAAUGUCGAUAAUGAGAAUCAUGAGACGUGGCCUGGUGCUAUUUUAGAUAAAGAUGCUGCCGUCAGAAGGUUUAUAGGGUAUCAGGCUCCUACAGGAAAUGACAUUUAUUUGUAAAUAGUAAAAAAAGGAAAAGAAAAAAA